GAGAGAGAGAGGGAGGGAGGGAGGAAGUGUGUACAGCCUGUCUGCAUGCCCUCUUUCCUAAAAUCAGAUGCCCAAAGAGUCCCUUUCCGGGUAUCAUGUCAUGCUGGUUCUCUCCCACACCCCCUUUUACUUACUAAUAGUAGUCGUACUUCUUCAGCUUUAUAGAAUAAAGGUGUAACUCCCAAAUCCUCAGGAUGUUGUUUUACUUCCCCAGAUACAAAAGCUUCUGGAACCCUAAGGGGGCCUUAAUUUAAGCAUACAGGGGCCAAAUCACAUGAAGGAAGGAGGAGAAGAUGACAAAACCUGUGUAUUGCCAUUACCGGAAAUAGACUGGAGACUUGAGUUUCGUGCAGAAAUUUAGAGCUGACCCAGAAGAGACAAAGGAGAGCAUCAGCUCUUUUUCAAAUUCAGAAGAAAAUGAUACGGGCUCAGGAAUUAGUGACACUGGAAGAUGUGGUAGUGGAGUUCACCUGGGGAGAGUGGCAGCUCCUGGGCCCUGCUCAAAAGGACCUGUACCAGGAUGUGAUGCUGGAGAACUACAGCAACCUGGUGUCAUUGGGGUAUCAAGCCAGCAAACCAGAUGCAAUCUCUAAGUUGGAACAAGGAGAAGAACCUUGGACAGUAGAAGAUGAAAUGCACUGUCAGAUCUGUCCAGAAAUCAGGAAAGGUGAUGGUUGUCUGCAGUGUAACUUGCAAAAUCAAAGCAUUCAGAAGAGUGUGGAACAAUGCUGUGAGCAUAAUGUGUUUGGAAAUGUUGCUAAUCAAAGCAAAAUUCAUUUCUGGUUAAAGCAAAAUCAUGAUGUGUUUGACUUACAUGAAAAACCUUUAAAGUCACAUUUAAAUUUUGAAUGUCAGAACAGAAGCUGUGACUUAAAGAACUCUGCUGAGUUUAAUGGAAAUGGGAAAUCCCUUCUCUAUACUAACCAUCAACAAUUUUAUACUGAAAUUAAAUUCCCUGUAAGUGCAAAACCCAUCAACAGUGAAUCCCAGGUCAGUAAGCAACAGAAAACUAACAACAUAGAGAAAGCCUAUGUGUGUAGUGAAUGUGGUAAAACCUUCAUCAAAAUGUCUCAGUUCACUGAUCAUCAGAAAGUUCAUACUAGAGAAAAACCUCAUGGAUGCAGUUUGUGUGGGAAGGCAUUCUCUAGAAAAUCCAGGCUAACAGAACAUCAGAGAAGUCAUAGAGGACUGAAACACUAUGAAUGCACUGAAUGUGACAAAACCUUCCUCAAGAAAUCACAGUUCAAUAUACAUCAAAAAACUCAUAUGGGAGAGAAACCUUAUGCAUGUAGUGAAUGUGGGAAAGCCUUCAUCAAAAAAUGCCGGCUAAUUUAUCAUCAGCGAACUCACACAGGAGAGAAACCCCAUGUAUGUAGUGCAUGUGGGAAAGCUUUCUCUACAAAGUUCAGUCUCAGUACACACCAAAAAACUCAUACAGGAGAGAAACCUUACACAUGUAGUGAAUGUGGAAAAGGCUUCAUUGAAAAGAGACGUCUUAUUGCACAUCAACGAACUCAUACUGGUGAAAAACCCUUUAUAUGUAAUAAAUGUGGGAAAGGCUUCACUUUAAAGAAUAGUCUUAUCACACAUCAACAAACUCAUACAGAAGAAAAAUUAUAUACAUGCAGUGAAUGCGGAAAAGGCUUUUCAAUGAAGCACUGCCUGAUUGUACAUCAGCGAACUCAUACUGGAGAGAAACCUUACAUAUGCAAUGAAUGUGGCAAAGGCUUCACCUUGAAGAGCCCUCUCAUCAGACAUCAGCGAACACACACAGGAGAGAAACCCUACAUAUGCACUGAAUGUCGAAAAGGCUUCACUAUGAAGAGUGACCUCAUUGUACAUCAGCGAACUCAUACUGCAGAGAAGCCAUACAUCUGCGAUGAUUGUGGAAAAGGCUUCACUGUAAAGAGCCGUCUGAUUGUACAUCAGCGAACUCAUACAGGAGAGAAACCCUAUGUAUGUAGUGAAUGUGGAAAAGGCUUUCCAGCAAAGAUCCGGCUGAUUGGACAUCAGCGCAUUCAUACAGGAGAGAAACCUUACGUGUGUAGUGAAUGUGGAAAAGGCUUUACUGAGAAGAGUCAUCUCAAUGUACACCGGCGCACUCAUACCGGAGAGAAACCCUACAUAUGUAGUGAAUGUGGUAAGGGCUUAACUGGGAAAAGCAUGCUCAUUGCACACCAGCGAACUCAUACUGGGGAAAAACCAUAUAUAUGCAAUGAAUGUGGAAAGAGCUUCACCAUGAAGAGUACUCUAGGUAUACAUCAGCAAACACAUACUGGAGAGAAACCAUACAAAUGCAACGAAUGUGGUAAAGCCUUCAGGAAGAAGACAUGCCUCAUACAGCAUCAGAGAUUUCACACAGGAAAGACUUCCUUUGCAUGCACUGAAUGUGGAAAAUUCUCUUUGCGCAAAAAUGACCUCCUUACCCAUCAAAGAAUUCACACAGGAGAGAAACCAUAUGAAUGCAGUGAAUGUGGAAAAGCCUUCACUACAAAGUCAGGGCUCAAUGUUCAUCAAAGAAAACAUACAGGAGAGCGACCUUAUCGAUGUAUUGAAUGUGGGAAAGCUUUUGCUCACUUGUCAAUCCUUGUAAAACACAAGAAAAUUCACAGAGUCGUCGGGAGUUUCCGGAAACGAGGCAAACCCGACGUCCCGCCCCCUUCCGGGGCGGCCCAGCUCCAGCCGCCCGACGCCGUCACCGGGCCGGGUUCGUCCGCCUUCCCGACGCGGCCGCGGGACCUUCCGGAAAUGCCCGAAGCCCGAGGGCCGCGUUCCGUCAAAGCGUUCAGAUCCUCCCCGGCCGCCGCGGCGGGGCCCCCGCCUCUCAGGAGGGUUCCAGACGAGCGUGACGUGGAGCAGCGGGGCUUGCGGGGAGUCGACGGCGCGCCGGUGUGGACGUGCUGGGAGCCCGGCACGCCCACCUGUGGCCGCGGCCCUGGGUGUCAGGUUAAAGAGCUGUGGAGGCGGCGACCGCGUCCCGGCCGGCAGGAAUCCCUGACACUAGAGGAUGUGAUUGUGAAGUUCACCUGGGAAGAAUGGCAACUCUUAGGCCCUGCUCAGAAGGAUCUGUACCAGGAUGUGAUGUUGGAGAACUACAGCAAUCUGCUGGCACUGGGGUAUCAAGUCAGCCAACCAGAUGCGCGCUCUAAGUUGGAGCAAGGAGAACUCUGGAUGGUAGAUGAUAGAGCGCCUGGUGACACCUGUUCAGAAGUCUGGGAAGCUGAUGCUCAUCUGUGGGAGCACUUACAUCAUGGAAGUGCAGUGAACAGGUUGCAGCAAUGGCAUGAACAUAACGCAUGGGAAAAUAUUCUUCAUCAGAGCAAAACUCAGUUCCUGUUAAGACAACAUCAUGAUAUAUUUGACUUGCGUGGAAAAAAUAUGAAAUCAAAUUUAACUUUAGUUAACCAGGGCAGUAGUAGUGAAAUAAAGAACCCUGCUGUGUUUACUGGAAAUGGAGAAUCCUUUCUCCAUGCCAACCAUGAACAGUUUUAUACUGAAAUGAAAUUCCCUGCAAAUCAAAAAUUCAUCAACACUAAGUCCCCAUUUAUUAGUCCUAAGCACCAGAAAACUAAAAAAAUGGUAAAGCCUCACAUAUGCAGUGAAUGUGGGAAGGCCUUCAUUAAAAAGUCUUGGCUCACUGAUCACCAGAUUAUUCACACAGGAGAAAAACCCCACAGAUGUAGUCUAUGUGGGAAAGCAUUCUCCAGAAAGUUCAUGCUCACGGAACACCAAAGGACACAUACAGGAGAAAAACCUUAUGAGUGUACUGAAUGUGGCAAAGCCUUUCUUAAGAAAUCACGGCUCAACAUACAUCAGAAAACACACACUGGAGAAAAGCCCUAUAUAUGCAGCGAAUGUGGAAAAGGCUUCAUCCAGAAAGGAAAUCUCAUUGUACACCGGCGAAUUCAUACAGGCGAGAAACCCUAUAUAUGUAAUGAAUGUGGGAAAGGCUUCAUCCAAAAGACAUGUCUCAUUGCACAUCAGAGAUUUCACACAGGAAAGACUCCCUUUGUGUGCAGUGAGUGUGGAAAAUCCUGUUCUCAAAAGUCUGGUCUCAUUAAACAUCAAAGAAUUCACACGGGAGAGAAACCCUUUGAAUGCAAUGAAUGUGGAAAAGCCUUUACCACAAAGCAAAAACUCAUUGUCCAUCAAAGAACUCAUACAGGAGAGAGACCCUAUGGCUGCAAGGAGUGUGGGAAAGCUUUUGCAUAUAUGUCUUGCCUUGUUAAGCAUAAGAAAAUACACACAAGGGAGAAACAGGGAGAUUCAGUCAAGGUCCAGAUUCCUGUAGAGAAUCACCUCUCAUUACAUACCAGUGAUGCCAUGCAGGAGAAAAACCCUGUUAACAUGAUGACUGUGCAAAUGCCUUCUGUGGUUCCACAGACAUCAUUAAAUGUCAGUGGCCUUCUAGCAGAUAGGAACGUAGUCCUGAUGGGACAGUCUGCGUCCAGAUGUGCACCCUCAGGAGAUAACAAAGGACUCUCACAGGAGCAAAACCUUACAAAUGCAAUGAAUGUACUUGUGCCUUCAGUAAUCAAGUAUGUCUUAUUUUAUGUCCCAGAAAAUCCAUAGGAAAAAUCUCAGAUAUGUUCUAGCAUGAAAGGGUUGAGCAGAAAUUUCUAGUUCAUUAUAUGGCUGAGAGAAACUAUCAAUGCAGAGACUGGGAAAAACCUGAUAUAGUCAUAUUAUUAAAGUGUAUGCACUGAAACAGAG